UUAUUUCCUUCCGGUCGCAAAAACGCAUUUAAUUUCGCGAGUGUUUGUGUGUAUACGUGCCCUCUCUGUGACCAUAUUCCGUAGUUGCAGAGUGGUGAAUCGUCUCUAGUCGGUAAUAUCGGUCACGCGACUCAAAAAUCCCUUACGUUUGCUUCGCACAUUUUGCAAACCGUGCGAACCCGGCCACCCGUGCCAACCCUUUUUUUGUGACCCCCGGUACCGUAAAAGCCGCAAAAAUUUGGGAAAUAAUGGAUCCGACCGGUGGGCGCGAUUCGCGCUACAAUCUGAACUACAGUAUGAGCAUGAUGAGCGAAUCGCCAGAGAUAUACGGUAACCCGAACGUGUCUCUGGCGCGCCCACCGAGUGGUGGUUUGGUCGGGCAAGUGAUGUCCCGCGGUGGGUCCGGCGGAACAGGCUUGAUGAAUACCAACGGUCCACAGUGCGGUAGUGGCGGUGGUGGUGGCGGUGGUGGUGGAGGCGGUGGCGGUGGUGGGUUGUCUCGCGGAAUUAAACGCACCAACUCGGAUUGCUACGACGAUCGGCAACAGAUGGUCGGUUCGCAGAACAUGACCGGUCUCGAUGGAUGUACCGUCGGGUCCGAGGUGGUGGACGACAGCUACACCUCGCUCCAGCCGAAAAAGUCACCACCUAGCAAUGGCAAAAAGACGAAGGGUCGUGUUAAGAUUAAGAUGGAAUAUAUCGACAACAAAUUACGACGGUACACGACGUUUUCUAAGCGUAAAACCGGCAUCAUGAAGAAGGCAUAUGAACUGUCAACGCUGACCGGCACGCAGGUGAUGCUGCUGGUGGCCUCCGAAACCGGUCACGUGUACACAUUUGCGACUCGCAAGCUGCAACCGAUGAUCACGUCGGAGGCGGGCAAGGCGCUCAUCCAGACCUGCCUGAAUUCGCCCGAUCCGCCGACGGGUUCAUCUGGCGACCAGCGUAUGUCCGCGACCGGCUUCGAAGAGACCGAGCUCAGCUACAACAUCGGCGACGAAGACUCCAAAGAUGAUCGGUCACCGAUGUCGUCCGGUAGUGAAUCAGACGAUUAUUCGCCGCCGGAAUCGCCCCCUGCGGGUCCUAGCGUUAAUAUUAGCAAUAAAGGCAAUGCCAGUAGUAGCAAUAAUCAUCAUCAGGCAUGCAGUUUGAGUGAAAAACCCUCAACCAGAAGUGCAGCAUCGCAAAAUUUGGGAGGCACAGUAACAUCCACCAGUGCCGGAGCAACAUCUACGAAUGUGCUGUCUGCUAAUGCGGCAACGAUUAAUGCAAUCCAGCAGCAAAUUCAGCAACAGCAGGAAGCACUCCAACAGCAAAUUCAAAAUCGCCACCAGCAGUUACAGCAGCAGAAACCGCAACCAAAGUCUGGAAAAGCUAAAUCCACUACGGUGAAGAUAAAACAGGAAGCAGCAUCAGUAAUAUCACCGUCAACAUCCGGUGCCGCCGCCCCAACAACAUCAACAAACAUCGCACCGGUAACUACCAGUGCGUCUCAGAUAACGAGCAGCAUUAUCUAUCCGGCCUCUGCACUGAGCACCUUACCACAGGAUAUGCUAAUCAAUCUGCUGCAAUCGGGACAAAUACAACUGCACAGCGAAGGUGGAACACAGCAAUACGUCACCAUACCACUGCCACUAAUGCCUGGUAAAACGACAUCCAAAACAUCAAACUCGUCUAACGGGCAGCAAAAAUCUUCGAGUGCCAACUCGACGUCCUCCACGUCAUCCAAUUCAUCUGUUCCUGUGACUUCAGCGCGAAUCGGAAGUUCGUCUUCAUCGCGACGGAACCAAUCCGCCGUUUCUACCAUUAAGACUGAAGUGCUCGAUUAGCCCAUCACUACGGAACAAAAACCAAUCGCCCAACCACACAUAAAUGCCCAGAAAAAGCACCAAGCCGAUUUGCGUACAGGAAAUAUUAACGUGUGCAAAAUAUUUUGUUUCCAAUUAUUUCAAUUAUCUAUUUUUUUUAUUUUUGAUAAUUGUUUUGGAAUUGAUAAAGUUCAUAUUCAGACAGUCCCUGAGAUACGCUUUACCCAGGAAAAAUCCGCGUAUCUCGUAUUUCAU